GAUUUUUAAAGUUAGAGAGAGAGAUCCCGUUCUUAGAACUAACUAAUCCUUUGCUACAUUGUAACCAAGUUUUUCGAGGGUUUGAGCCUACCACAACAACGCUAGUUCUCUCCUUCAUUGCUCUACUCUGAGCCCACGACUUCAAUCUCCGGCCCACUUGAGCCCAUUAGGAGUAUGGGAGACGCUCCAGAAAAGGGCCGUCACUUCAAUAAUCCGGAUCCGCCAACUCGAUCCAACAAAAAUUGAAUUUAUUUUCUUCCUCGAGGCGGGAAAUUCCACGCUCUGUAAUUAAUUCCGUGCGGCCAAAACGCAAACAGUUGGCGUGCAGCAAAGAGAUCUACAGAGAAAAUGUCGAAAUUCGAGUACCCGAGGCUCCCUCGCCAAGAGCUCAUCACCGUGCUGGCCGAAUCCCAAAUCGCCGUCGUGUCGGAGGCCGACCUCCUCCGUCCCGAUCCGGACCAAAUAUGCAACCUCUACGCGCACAUCUUGUUCCACAUAGAUAUCUUCCAGGAGGACCAGGGGCAGAUUGAGUUUGGGGCGUUGGAGCAGCUCGAGAACCCGGAUCAUCACACCCACUCGGUUCCGAUCAUUAAUUUGUACAACAAGGUCAGGCAGCUUGUGGCCGCCGUCAAUUGUCCCAAAUCCUUUACUCCCAAGGAUUUGAUAAAGCCGGAGCCUGAUCGCACGGAGCUUUUCCUCAGCGCACUUCUCAAUUUUCACCUCCACAGGUGCAUUUAUGAUGUGGGNACGAAAUUAGACCUGUUGAAACCAUAUGGGGAUGAUUUAGAUCUUUUUGAGAGGCGGCAAGAAGAGGCUCAAAACAGAAUUCAAGAGUUGAGUGCGGAGAUAGCGGAUUUUGAAGAGUUGCGAGAGAAGGAAUUGCCGAUUGUUCAGGAAGUAAGUUCUAAAGUCAAGGAACUGCAUCAGAGAGUUUCAGAACUCAACAAGUACCAAAUGAAACUCAAAACUGAAAUUAAACAAGAGAAGGAGAAAAUCAAAGAAUUGGAUGAGAAGAUUUCUAAUGCAGAAUUCGCACUAGUACAAACUGCCCAAGAAAGUGCUAGUUUACGUUCUAAAAUUGUCCAGUCGCCAGACAAGCUUCAGAGGGCUUUGGAGGAGAAAAAGUUGGUCCAAAUUGAAACAAAAGAUGCCGAGAGAGCUGCAGUACAGUCCUUUCAGGAGAAGACUGCCACCCUGGAGGCCUAUGCUAAGGCUUGCAAGAAAAUGUCAAAGCACUUAUCUCAGAUGCAAACCCUUCAAGAGCAGGUAAAUUCUGCUAAGACAGUUGAUAAAGAUGUGAAGAUCCUCAAAAACAAGCUUAGUGACGAAGGAGUCCUAAUUAAGUCGCUUGAAGCAAAACUCGUGGAGCUGCAAUCUAAAGCUGACCAGUUAAAGGAGUACAAAAAACAGCUGGAGAAGGAGAGAACCCAAACCCAUGCAGAGGCAGACAGAGAAUUGAAAAUUGUGAAAUUGGAAGUGGAUUCAAAGAGAAAUUCGUUGCAACUGAGGCAAAGAGAGGUGGAAUUGAUUGUUAGCGAGGGGGAUGUUUUAACUUCGAGGAGGAAAACUGUGAAGGAGGAAGCAGAAGCUAGAAUGCUAGAAUUGGACCGUAAAUCUGAAGAAAUUGUUGCAGAGUUUGAGAACUACUCAAAACUGAUAAGCAACUUGUUGGCGGGAACUUGAGUGGACUGAGAAGUUGUUAGCUUUUCGUUAUGACAAUGCACUUCGGAAUUGUUUUAUGUAUUAUUUAGUGUAAUGUGGUGUAUCUAAAUUAUUUUUCAUGUUCUUAAUGUGUUGUUAAACUGGCCAGUUGAUAAAUUUUUCCCUAGAUGCAAAAUUAAUGGUCCUCCAGUCAAAGGUGAAUCCUUUUACUUUCUUCCCUUUGGUUAUGUGUCUUUCAGCAAAACUGGCUCCCCUGCUGCCUAUAUUUAGCUAUUGCGUGCGAUCGCAAUUAUGCUGGGUUUUGGCACCGACACUUUUGAUUUUUGUGCAGUGUGUGUAUAAAUAUGCAUGUGUUCCGUUGUCUUUAAUAUAUUUUGUGGAAGAACAAAGUAAAUAGCCAUGUAAAUUAGUUUUACACCACGCACAUAGACGAGAUGCGGG